UCUUUCACUCACUUCAUUCACAUCACUACUUUUAACAAUCAAUGGCGGACACCGUUAAUGACCCAGCCCGCUACGUGAACUUUUAAGUUUUCGAAUAUAUUUACUUAGUGUUUCAAUAGAAUUUCUUGUUAAAACAUAUCAAGACAUUAUAAGGUCAUUCAGUUAGCUUCGGUUGCUAUGUUCAACGGAUUAUCAUAGACUCUAGACAAAGUUUCAAAACGUGAAAGUUACCAUACAACAACAAAAUGCAGACGAUCAAGUGUGUAGUUGUUGGUGAUGGAGCUGUUGGUAAAACUUGCUUGCUCAUCAGCUACACUACAAACAAAUUUCCCUCGGAAUAUGUACCUACCGUCUUUGAUAACUAUGCUGUCACAGUGAUGAUUGGAGGGGAACCUUACACUUUGGGUCUUUUUGAUACUGCAGGUCAGGAAGAUUAUGAUAGACUCAGGCCCUUAAGUUAUCCUCAAACGGAUGUUUUCCUUGUGUGCUUCAGUGUAGUGACACCCAGUUCAUUUGAAAAUGUUAAGGAAAAGUGGGUACCGGAAAUUACUCAUCAUCAGCAAAAGACUCCAUUCCUCUUGGUGGGUACGCAGAUAGACCUGCGGGACGAUCCGACAACAUUGGAGAAAUUAGCGAAAAUUAAACAAAAGCCAGUGUCGCUGGAGCAGGGCGAGAAACUGGCGAAGGAACUGAAGGCUGUCAAAUACGUCGAAUGUUCAGCUCUUACACAGAAAGGAUUGAAGAAUGUUUUCGAUGAGGCUAUAUUGGCGGCAUUGGAGCCUCCAGAGCCAGUCAAGAAAAGGAAAUGCACCAUUUUGUAAACCAAGUCGGCACGCGAUCCGCCGUCUAACGCGGGAGUCCGACCUCCCAUUUGUUGUGGAACACUAUGCCUUCUGUCAAACUACAUUGUGGUAAUUCUCAUGAAGGAUUUGGAGAACAGUUUUUGUACUUUAUAAUUGUUAUUUCAUAAAUAUACAAUGUCUUUUUUUAAAUUUUAUCCAUAGAUUAUGGAACAAAUUAUAUAUUUAGUACGAUGAAGUAUAAUGUUCCACUUAACAAAUGGAAAUUGCUGCGCGGGAAUCCAUAACACGUUAUAAGCUAACAAUGUAAUAUUCAACUUAUUUUUAUAAUCUUAUAAUUAAUAUUACGCCAUAAUUAAAAAUAAUGAAUAUUACAGCUUAAUACGUAUCAGCUGAGAUGUAAAGAAAUAGCCUUUAUUGACAAUUAAAUUACAAGGAUGAUAUUUGCAUUACAAAUAAAAUUCAAAAAUAUUUACAUUAACAAGUAAUCAGCUGAGGCGAGUCUUAAACUCGAAAUAUUUUAACCAGGCCUCCAGUUUUCGAUUUAAUAUACUUUACUAAAAGCGAUUUUGUAUGUGCUGCUCAUAGAAUUUAUUUUAUUUAUAUAAUAAGUCGUUAUUUGUAACCAUAUAACGCAUUCUAUUUAAUUACAUUAGUAAAAUGGAACUGAAUUGAGGAUUAACUUUUAUAUUAAUCGUUAGUUACGGCUAAUUAAAAUAUAAUUAUUAAGAAAUUUGCUUAUGCUGUGUUUGCUGGGAUUUAUAAAACAACGUCAUGCACAAUAUAUGCUAUGCACAGUGCGAACUAUGCAUUUUGUAAGUAUUACUUGGUAUCGAGCCGCGGCUCGUGUCGUCGGCCUUACCCUAUUUAUCUUUCAUUUCUAUGUGUUCUUUAUUGAUAUCACUAUGUUAAGUCUAAUGGGGUAAACCAAUAUAUCUUCCUAAUUAAAUAUAGUAAAAAUGGUUUAAUUAUCUUCAGAACAACUAUUGUUGAAAUGAAAUAGAAGGCUAUUUCAUAUUAACAAUUGAAUUAUAUUCCCGUUUGUUUAGGUACUUAUAGUACACCAUCGUGACAUGUAUUUUUAUUAAAAAAUGCACUUUAAAAAUCCAUAUACAUUAGGAAUUCAUGAUUUUUAAAAUAUUUUUUCUGUAAUAUGCAAAUAUAUGUUAAUAUUAACUUUGUUAAAAUGCCUAAACAUGCGGGGUAUGGUUACAAGAAUUUUGUAUUUGACUAUUUGACACCUGAUAAUUAGUGUAUUUGUGUCGCCCUUCGGGGUAGGCGUCCUUUGCGAAGUCCACAAAGACCAGUCUCUUCGCAUUCUCACAAAAAGUACGGCCUUUCCUUUAUUAAUUUUGAAAUACCUUUAGAAUUUGAUCUUUUAUAAUGUAAUGAGAUUUCCAAUUGUUCUAAUUUUUUAUUUUUUAAUCUUUCCUUUUGAUAUACAUAGUAUCUUUCGUUCCAUAUGUGUUGACACGAAUUACAAUUACUAUUUAUUCUAAUUUAUAAUAUUUUUCGACACUUUUAAAAACAUUACAAUUUUACACUAAGGUGUAAUGGUAAAUCCGCUGUGGUUUUUAUACAGAGUAUAGUAUUAUAAUAAUGAUAGUGAUUGAAAAUAUUAUCUGUAUUAUGGAAUGUAUUUUUUAUCAUUAUAGACAUGUUAUGAAACUUGACUGAAUUAUAUACCUUCAUUCCUUUAAUGUCUUUGCAUUUUGUAUAUAAUAGAUUUAUAAUUAAGGAUUGGUGUACGGAUAUUGUUAUUAUUCUGAUCAAUCAAUUUAUCAAAUGUUUACAAAGCUCACAAAGAGGAAUGAUGAUACAAUUAAUUAUGUCAAUAGUAAAUACUUUGUGUUUUACACCAUUCUGUUAGCUUUUUAGCUGGGCAAUGUUAGGCAACAUUGAAUUGGAAUAUGAUAGUUCGCGGUUGUACUCUGACUCAACUGGGCGACGCUGUGUCGUGUUAUACCGGUAACUAAAUUUCUACAAAGUUUGACUAUUUUACUUGUUUCCACUAGCUUCUUCCUUCCCUGUUCCCUUCACUUGGGUCGGCCCUCCUUAUUCUUGGACGCCGCCGUUUUGUUCUGGGUUGUCUGUAUUGAGCUUUCCAUAUCUUUUUCAAACUUUUGCACUCGUUCUGUCUAAAUCUGUAAUAAAAAUAAUUAUUUAAUGAUUUCGCUAUUUACAUUAAGGCUCUUCUAUGUUUCUUAGUGUCAGUCAAAUUUUGGUAGCAGUUGUGAAAGUGUCCAACAUAAUGAAAUAUAACAAAUAAUAUUUUUUGCUUCUUGUGCUCUCGUGGUGUCCCAAAUAUAGACACGAAAAACUAUUCGCAUAACUUCUAAAAUCUUGCAAAUUAUAUGAUUUUAUUUGUUGGUACUGUGUCCUGCAAGAGUAAUGUUUUCUUAGUAUGACAGAGAGUCGGCACGGAUUUCAUCAUUUGAUCAUCUCGCGAAGUAUAAAAUAAUUCACAAGAUAAACUAAGUCUUAUCGAGUGUUAUUGCACUGGCGUCCUACAUAUUUUACUUUAUUCAAGUCAUGAAGGUGUUUAGCUCUAUCUUAGUACCACAUUGCGUUACUAAUUUAAUUUAUAUAUCAAUAUUGUAUUUAAAAAUUGUACGUUCUGUAUUUGGAGAAAAAUAGAGGUGGGCCUUGACACCGCGACAGAGCACUGCCCCGCGGUACCAUUGAAGUAACCGGCUACUGUAGCAAUUGGCCCAUUUGGCCCUAAUAACAUAAUGUUCCUAUCACACAGAAUAAGCGGGAAUGAUUGUAUGAUUACGCUCCUCAAGUCACUGUGUUUCUGAGCCAGGCGUACAUCCUAUUGUUAUCUUAUAUUUUUAUUCUGAGAGUACACAAGCUAUGUCUAUUACUGUAGUUGCUAUAUUUAUGUAAUGCUGGGCUCAAAAACGCAAACAUAUUUUUACACAUCAACACACUGCCUUCACGCCUUGUUCAUAAUGUUCAUAUUUGUAAUAUAUAUACGGGAGGCACGGGAGCUCACGCCUCAUUUAAUUUUAAUAUCACUAGUAUUUAUAUACUCUGUAUAAUGACACUGUUUAAGUAUAUUUUUCUAUUUAUAUCAUCACAAAGUUUACGCACUAAUGCACGUAUGAGAAUGAAUAAAGAAUAAACUUUUCCAUACACAUCGAGGCCCUAUACAUAAAAGUAUUAAAAUGUGUUAAUGAGUAAUAUACACAUUUGCAAGUACUUCUACAUAUUAAAAUAGUAUUUAAAAAUAAAAUGUAAUUGCAUGUAAUUCAAAUUGAAUACUUGAACGAUUAAUUAAGGAUUUAUACGAAUUGAGACAAUGUAGUUCUGAAGUUUUAAUAUUUAUUUUUACUAUUUAAUUUCUUCCAUAUGCGGGAAUAAUUUUCUUAAUUGUCAUAUAAUUAUUAUUAUUGGAUUUAUUAUAUUUUGUUUGUGUCCGUAAUUAGAUAUAGGUGUAUAUUGAAAUAAUAAAAAUAAGAAUAAAA